AUGAUUGAUCCUGAAGGAGUGGAGCUGCGGCGUGCUCGGCGUCUUCGUCGCCGGCAGUACAGCAACCGAGGCCCUAACGCUUUAUGGCAUAUGGACUCGUAUGAUAAACUAAAACCAUAUGGAAUCGCUAUAAAUGGUUGCAUUGACGGAUUUAGUGGGUAUGUCAUGUGGAUGGAAGCGAACAAUACAAACAGCGACCCAAAGGUAAUUGCGGACUACUUCAUAGCCACAGUAGCACGGGUUGGAGGAUGCCCCGAGCGCAUGCGGGCCGACCCAGGCACCGAAAAUAGUCAUGUGAGGGAUAUGCAGCUGUUCCUGCGCAGGAAUCACUCGGACCAUUACGCCAGUGAGAGAAGUUUUGUUUAUGGAUGCAGCACGGCAAACCAACGCAUCGAAUCCUGGUGGGGAAUUCUGCGAAAGCAAGCUGGACAAUUCUGGAUGGAUAUUUUUCAGACACUCAGAGAUGAUGGACAUUUUUCUGGAGACUUCUUGGACAAGAAUUUGAUACAAUUCUGCUUCCUAAACCUCAUUCAGGAGGAACUUGAUGAAGUUGUAAGAACAUGGAAUUCCCAUCUAAUCAGACCAAGACGGGGACAAGGGACGCACAGGGGACGCCCAAUUCUGAUGUUCUGCAUGCCACAGAUUUACAGUUCCGGGGAAGACAAAAUUAAGUCUGUUCUUCCAGAAGAGGUAGCUGUUUGCAAAGAGGAAUGCACCCCAAAGGACCAGUACCCCUGUGAUGAAACAAUCUUUGAGCUAUGUGCUCUUCUUAUAGAUGAAAAUGGUUGGGAUGCUCCUGUUGAUGCAUACCAUGCAGCUGAACUUUACACUCUCUUAAGAACUGCUAGAGAACAUAUAGAAGUUCUAGAGAACAUAUAGAAGUUCUCAACACCAGCAUUCUACUGCCCUGUAGAGUUCAUUUCAGUCCAAACAAAACACUCUAUAGCAUGGACAGAUUGAUGAUUUGCUGUGUGCUGAAGCUGCCUGAAACUGAAAGACUGUUGUGUGCUAUCUUAAAAAAAAUCUCUUCAAUAUAAAAUG